AUGGGAACACCAUUCAUCACUUUCCUCGAGCCUAGUAAGCUUGAGGGAUACAUGUCUAAAGCAGCCCGAGAGAACCAACCCAGUGCCAUCCCCAAAGCCUUCCUCGAUGCCAUGGAAGUAAGAGAGCAAGUCUUCGUCGAGGAGCAAGGGGUGCCGGCAGAGAACGAGUUUGAUUCAGACGAUUCGCGGUCAUGCCACUGGGUCGUCUACGCCAGCGUAAACAAGACUGAAGAGCUGGAAAUCCGUGACGAGAGUGGCGCUGUCAUCCGACCACGCAAAAGCUCAACGCGUUCGGUGCCUGUGGGAACUAUUCGACUGGUCCCUUUCCCCCAUGAUCCUCAUCCAGUGGAUGGCGGCGAAUACUGGGACGGUAAGCUGAAGGGUGAGGAAGACAAAGUCACCGGUCCCACCGGCCCUCAGAAGCCCUACAUCACCGACCGUCCAACAAAGUAUCACGAUGGAAAAGAACCAUACAUGAAGCUCGGUCGGCUGGCUGUGGUGAAAGAAUUUCGUGGCCAUAGACUAGCGGGCCUGCUAGUCAAGACUGUCCUCAGCUGGCUCAAGGCGAACCCUGCUUUCUUCAACCCAAGUAUCAAGGAGAUUGGUCUUGAGAACAUGGGUGCCUUCAAUGAGCGCGACAUUCCCACCUGGAAAGGGCUGGUCUGUGUCCAUGCGCAGGAACAAGUUCAGGGGUUAUGGGCCAAAUGGGGUUUCCAGCUCGACGACGGGAUGGGAACGUGGAUGGAAGAAGGCAUGCCCCAUGUUGGCAUGUUUCAACGCCUUGAGGUGAACUCGGACCAGAUCAGGAUUUAG